GAUAUAAGGAGCGGGACCGGGAUUGGAGGCACAUUUUCCGUGAGCUCCCACCAUGAAGCUGCUCCUGCUCCUUGCCCUGGUGGGCCUGGCCCAGGCCUUCCAGACCAGGGUGCCACUGAAGAGGAUGAAGUCACUGCGGCAGAGGCUGCAGGAGCAGGGCUUGCUGGAGAGUUACCUGGAGCAGCAUCCCUACAACCUGGCUGCCAAGUAUUUCCCGGGCAUUGCCGUGGAGCCCCUGGAGAACUACAUGGAUGAUGAGUACUUCGGCAUCAUCUCCAUCGGGACCCCACCCCAGGAAUUCACCGUGGUCUUCGACACUGGCUCCUCCAAUCUCUGGGUUCCCUCGGUCUUCUGCUCCAGCCCAGCCUGCAGCAAUCACAACCGCUUCAAUCCCGCGCAAUCCUCCACGUUCCUCAGCACCAACGACACCCUGUUCAUCGCCUACGGCACGGGAAGCAUGACCGGAGUCCUGGGAUACGACACCGUCAACGUCGCCGGGAUCAAUGUCCGCAACCAGAUUUUUGGGCUGGCUGAGACGGAGCCGGGGGAUUUCUUCUACUAUGCCCCCUUCGACGGCAUCCUGGGAUUGGCAUUCCCAAGCAUCGCCUCCUCUGGAGCCACCCCUGUCUUCGACAACAUGAUGAUAGAAAACCUUGUGGAUAGGCAUCUUUUCUCUGUCUACCUGAGCAGGGACAGCCAAGGUGGGAGCUUUGUCCUCUUCGGUGCCAUCGAUCCCUACUACAUCACCCACGGCAUCUCAUGGAUCCCACUCUCCGCGGAAACCUACUGGCAGAUCACCAUGGAGAGAGUCUCUGCCCAUGGGGCUCCGGUGGCCUGUUCCUCGGGAUGCCAGGCCAUUGUGGAUACGGGAACCACGCUGUUGGCUGUUCCUGUCCGGGCCCUCCGGACCCUCCUGCGCCACCUCGGCGCCAGCUCCAGUGGUGAGAUCAGCUGUGAGGCUGCCAGGAACCUUCCUGACCUCAUCUUCCACAUCCACGGCAAAGAAUUCCCGGUGCCGCCCAGAGCCUACGUGUUAAGGAGUAAUGGGUACUGCACGCUGGGAUUGCAAGGCAUGGAUGUGCCCACGGAGGAGGGCGAGCUCUGGAUCCUGGGGGAUGUCUUUAUCCGGGAAUAUUACAUCAUCUUCGACAGGGCCAACAACAAGGUGGGGCUGUCCCGGCUGCCCUGAGCUGGGAUGGGAAUCCCAGGUGUUCCCAACUCGGUGGCUGGCAGGGCUUGUCCCUUUCUGGGCACUCCUGCCACCACCGAGGACAAUAAAGGUGUGGAGAAGC